UGCCGCAGAGGCAGGAAUGCGCGCGCUCAAGUCGGUUUCCCCCGCGCGCACAACCGAGACCCGCUUAACAGGAUCGGGGUCUUUUUUUUUUUCUUCUUUUUUUUUUUUUUACCCAUGUGUUUUUUUCUACCCUUACAUACAGCUCCCUGAAACACACACACACACACACACAUCUGAGAGUGAUGGACGCGUCGUUCCUGGGAGGCAUCCUGUCCAGCGAGAAAAUGGCAGGUGUGUUUUCUUACGAGAGUUCUGAAGUAGACUGGUGUGAGGAUAACUACAAGCACUCUGAGAAUGUUGUCGAGUACUUUAACACGAUGAGCAGCUUCGUCUUCUUUGUAGUAGCUCCUAUAAUGCUCUACCUGCUGCACCCGUAUGCUAAAGAAAGGAACCUGGCCGUGCACCUGGUGUGGCUCAUGAUGAUCUUUGUGGGUCUGUUCUCCAUGUACUUCCACAUGACCCUGAGCUUCAUGGGGCAGAUGCUGGACGAGCUUUCCAUCCUCUGGGUUUUGGCCAUCGGUUACUCUCUCUGGUUUCCGCGCAAACAUUUUCCUUACUUUGUUAAAGACAGGACCUCGUUCUCCCGCAUGGUCAUGCUGAGCACGGUCGUCACCACGCUCUUGUCGUUCAUCAAGCCCACCGCCAACGCCUACGCCCUCAACUUCUUCGCCCUGCACAUCCUCUACUCGGUGAUUGUCCAGCUUAAGAGCUGUACAGACCAGCGAGUGUUGCGUUUGGCGCGCGCCUCCAUCGGGCUGUGGGUGCUCGCCAUCUCCUGCUGGAUCAGCGACCGCUUCGGCUGCAGCUUUUGGCAAAAACUCAACUUCUGCUACCUGCACGGCAUCUGGCACAUCCUGAUCGUGGUCGCCACGGCGUACGCCAGCACCCUGAUCGCCUACCUGGACGCCAGCCUGGAGAUCCCGUACUCACUCCCCAACCUGCAGUACUGGCCUCGGGAUAACUGGGCCCUCGGGCUGCCCUAUAUCGCCCUUAAGGCCUCACCCAAAAUGCAGAAAGGAUGCUAGCUGAGAGAGAAGAAUAUGGAGGAACGGACAUGGUGUCUGUGGGAAUGAAGGAGGUUGUGUUGCUGCCUUGCUGAAACACUGUAAAUCCUGAACGACUUGAUCAUGAUCAUGAUAUUCUCUCUGUAUGACAAUAGUCAGGGUGUGUUGGUUCGUUCGUUUCUGUGUGUGUGUGAUUACAAUACGCUGUGUAUCUUAAUACAAGUCAUUCUGAAGCGUCUUCUUUGAGAAGAUGAGAUGAAGUUUACGCAAACGCAGCCAGAGUUUCCGUCUGACUCCCACCAUGGGCUUGUCUGAAUUUAAUAUUUGUAUUAAUUUUACGCUGGUGAUAUCCAGUACGUAAGGUGCUUUAAUGUCUGGUUUAAAAGACAAUGCUUAAAUUCACUGCUAUACUGUGUACACUUACAUGCAAUAGCUGUUCGAGUCAAAGUGGGACAGCGCUGAAUAACAGAACACAGUCCUGAGGGUAAAAAACUCCCUUUAUUCCUCUAUAUAAUCCAUCAGAAACAGCGGUCUCCCAGGAACUCCUGGUCUUUCCCCGAUGUAUGCACUUCGGCAAACAAACCUUUGCACCAUUUAAUGACUUGAACACCCCUUGUACUUAACUUUUGACUGUGAUGCCUUACAUUUACUCAGGAAGCUACACUAUGCAGUACUAUACAUGUUAGAUAUGUUUAUAUGUAGAAAAUAAAAGUUUCACUCUAAAACAGUUUUAGAAAGGAAAGAAAAAGUAUUUUUUGGAAAAAAAUCUUUCAUCUCUUGUGAUGUCACUGGAGCUGUAGGGGGUUAAAGCUUUACAGUUAUUACACGUUUAAAGCGUGAUGGUGGUUUGAUCAGGGAUUACAAAGUGUAAAGUGUCACGUCUUCCUUUCUAACAGAGCUGUCGUUAAUGUGAUGUUCCCUGCUGAAGGAAGUGAUCAGCUGACCUCAUUACAUACUGUGGCUGCUCCAGUGCAAAAUAGGGCACUGGAACAUGUUUUGUGCACAAUCCUUAACAUUACAUGUUCAGUAGCUAUAAAUGGAUGAAAAGUGUAAUAUGUUGAUUUUCAAUAAAAGUAUUAGUAUUAUU